AUGGCAGCAGAAACACGGAACAAUGCUGCUCAUGCUCAGACAGGCCUCAACGCAAGCACUGACACAGACGAAUCCGGGCAGCAGAAAUUCCAUUUCGAUUUCUCGCCGUCCUUGACCACAAACAACAAUUGGCAUAGCCAUCGUCAAAACCACAGCUCAUCCAAACUACCCGCUUUUCGCUUUGCAGACUUGCGCAAAGAGAGUUUGGCGCUCCCGUCAUUGCUGAACCAGGGCACCGGAAUUCCACCUUCGCCUGUCUCACCUUUUGACACGGAUGCUGACGCCAGUCCCAAUCCCAAUCCCAAUCCCAGUCCGAGUCAGGAUCGAGGUCAAGACCAAGACCAAGACCAAGACGCGGCACGACCACGCGCAGCAUUGCAUUUGCAUGCCUUGAGAGAAACCAGUCAAGAUAGCAACACCACGCGAGAUAAUAACAACAGCCCCCCCCGCCAGCAAUUCCAGCUUCGGCAACAGAACAGUUACCACGGUCCCGUCUCCCCCGAACUAACACCCACAAUUGCGACUACCGCGCACCAGCACAUCGCGUCUCCAGACAGAAAAUCUGUUCCAGCUUUGUCUCGGGCCGCGACAUUCCAGACCCCAUCCAAACCAGCACCCGCAUCCGCAUCCGCGACACGUCCCGUCGAUUUGACCAAGCGAUCCGUAUCGCUGGGUGCGACGACAGCCCUUGCGCUCAACUCCCAAGCCGCCGACAGUCCCAGUCAGUCUGCGUCGGGCUCUGCAUCGACGACAGUGCCCACUCGACCUCAACAACGCCGGGCGCCUUCCUAUAGCGAGACAUCGUCCGCAUUGCGAUCAAGGCGACGGUCUUCUGCAGGCAGUCAAAACGGCGCUCCAGGCGACCAAGUCAGGAGCGCGAGCGCGUCAGGACAACGGGAACUAUUGUUGCCCAAAGCCCUGCAGAGAACAGAUUCGGAUGGGAAAAGAAGUUCCAUAACACGACGACCACCUGUAUCUUACCGGCCCUCGUUGACUUCUAGGCCUUCUUCAGGGGGAACGGCUAAAAUCCCACCAAUUCGCAAGUUCCGAUCUUCUGGCGACCGACAGAGUCUAGGACUGGAUAUAAGCCUACGGUCCCCCAGUAUCUACGACGACAGUCAGGAAGAUCCUGGCCACCGCGACUCAACUCUAAAGGCGCUGGAAGGCAGGCGCGAAAGCGAUAGCUACGAAGCAACACCACCCGACUCUGCUACCGAACCAAUGGAUGCAGACGACAGCGGCGACGUAUUUUUGAAGAUGGCGCGUGAAGAACCAGAGCCUCAAAGCGCAGCUGCACGAGUCAUAAAAUCUACACAUAGACGACCACUGUCUUCUGUGAUACCGACUUACCAACCCAUGUCUCCACCUGAUUUAUCUCGUCGUCUGUCUGAGCAAGACAGUCCGAGGUCAAAGACUGUUACCGACGGGCAGUCAGCCGGGGGAAUAGCAAGGGCUUUGACGUAUCGAAGUCCUCUAAGCGGAAACACCUCCGAGGUGAAGGGUGCCGGCACCAAACCAUCAACGCUUACUCCACGCACUCUCACCUUUCAGGAUGCGUCUACAGAUUCAACUUCUGCAUAUGGUCGUAGGAGGCAGUCUAUUACAGAUAACGCCACUGCAAUGCCUUCGCGCAUGUCCUCUAUCAGGACUUCUGGUAUAAGCUCUGGUCGCACCUUUAAUUCUUCGCCCCUGGUGCCCAAAUCUGUGGACUUUCAAAAACAAGACACACCACAGGGUGAUCACCAUACGGAAUCGUCGAACUCAACAGCAGCACCGUCUACGGUUUGGGAUGAGCUUGAUGACCUCAAGUCGCGGAUUCACCGACUUGAACUGACUGGAAAGCUUCCGGCCACGUCAGGGGCUGCCAUUUCCCGGGCAACGGAUGAACGGCCGCCAACUGCCAAUACCAACGCCACAACAAUGUCUGGGUCUCCUAAGCGCAGCUCUGGGAGUGCAGUUGCUCAAGCAGAUAACGUUAGCACUGUCUCUUCGUCGUACGGGUACAAGGAAACCCAGCCUCUGCUCCAAGCCGCCAUGACAAAAUCGAAGCCCUUCUUGGCACCAGAUGUUUAUAGCGCCUUGGAAAGCGCAGCUUCUGAGGUUAUGCUGCUUUCGACUAUGCUUGGUAAAGCUGGCGAGCCAGGCCCCGUGUCGAGCGCUGUUAGCAAUGUUGGCACUCCUGCUGUAACCGAUAGGCAACUAAGGAGGAAAACGGAAGGCAUUUGUCGCAGUCUCACGGAACUUUGCCUUGCACUCAGUGAGAACGCUGCCCAAGUCAAGCAGCUGGAAGUUACUGUACCGAUUCCAGAGAAAGAAUCUAUCGCCAGUCCGACGAUUAUGAGAUUUUCCAAUGCCGGAGCGCAACGUCGCCCGAGUGCUCUACUGGAUCGCAGUCCGGCAUCCGCUGCUCCUAGCCCCAGAGCAAUGUCACGACUUGAGGAGAGGCGUAGCAGCAUGCUCUUGAAUAGUGCUCUUCCCAGCCCAAGCGCUCGGUAUUCUUCUCAAAUUCCUAGCUCACCUUCCGAUAUUCCCAGUCGCCGAACGUCAUUGUUGAUACCUCGUGCCCGUAGAGCCGGGACCGAAGAACCGGAGAGUAUGGCUGGGCGCCAAUCCUCAUUGCUGUUUCGAAAUCGCCGUGCUGGAACUGAAGAGCCUGAGGAAAUUUCAGGCCGCCGGACCUCGAUAUUAAGGACACGUCGCGGCACCUAUGAUACCGAGGAGGAAGAGCCUACGGCUCGAUUCAGAGCUCCUUCAAGGGCAAUUACUGAAUUCACUGCCGGUCGCCCUCCAGCGACGCGCGAUUUCAACCCACAGAUCCCGAUUCCUUCUAUCGAAACGACUUCUCUGGGUAACUCUGCACUCCCAAGACGGCGAUUAGGCUCGUCCACUGUCACUACUCGUCUUAUCCAACCAUCUACAAAUAGUAGUCUUGCCACUCGGCGAUACUUGGAGAGGACUACACCGGAUCGCGAGGCCAAUAAUAUCGCUGAAAAGCUGGCGGAAGAACGUGGCCAGAGAUCUUUCUCUUUCGCCCAUAGCAACAUACAUUCGCGUACCAGCAGCAUUUCUCGGAGAAGAGAAAGCAUGCUGAACAACUCGGUAACCGCGCAACCCGGCGGAUAUCGAUAA